AUGGAAAUCUUCAGCUAUCCGGACUUCAAUGAAGAUACGCGGUACCUCACAGUGCGCACGGCCACCGAGCUCGGAUCUCUUGCCGCCCCCCGUGACCUUCGCUGCAGGUGGAUCUGGUUCAUCGGGGCUCUCGAGAAGAUCGGCGACUACCUCGGCACGCCGCUUGGCGAAGUUCGCCUCGAGUUCCGCGCCAACUCUUCGGGUUUCAACCCGGGGCUCUACAUCUUUGAAUUCAAUGGGACGAAUCCUAUUCGUGCCGCGGCGAACCCGCCAGUGCCGACGUCACCCUGCAAAUACAAGGGGUGCCUCACUUGGUACAGCAAGAUGGAGCCCUACAAUCCGGUCCUCUACAAUCCGGGUGCCGGGUACUGGACCCACGAGAACCAGCCCUUGAACCAGUGGCAGACGCAGUAUGACUACCGAACCACGAUCCCCACCCACCAGAUCGCCAAUCCAAUGAAGAUCGCCUCAGUGGUAAACCUUACCCUGGACGAUCGCCUUCAUUGCGGGCGCGAUGAUCGACCGUUGCGGCGGAGUGCGAUUGUGAUUGGUUUCUCCUUGAACCGGUACCGCGGAAAUGUGGAUGAGAUAUUGCACAUUCGAGCACCAAUCGGCUGGCUCUUCGACUCGGACUGCACUGUCUGGACAGCGCCGGAAGAGGUCUAUCCGCCACCGGCCGAAAUGCCAGCCACGAUUGCGCUGCUGAACAACACCCCCGAGUUGCCUGUUUAUCCGUGGCCAAACUCGGCGACGAUCCUGUCAUGUCGAGGGGACGGACACCAGGCUUUGCUGACAGUCCGGCGUGGGCUGAGGGAGCAAAGGGUCUACCUCUUCCGCAUUGAAAUCAAGCAGAAUCCGGCCACCACGCCGAUCAGCAAUACCUGGUCAUUGACUUUCGGCGAUGAGUCCUCUGGCGCCAUGCCGGGAUUCCCCGUGUGGACCUUCCCUGGCGUACGAAUUGAGCCGGUUCUUCUGGCCUGGACGAACAAGUCGAACCCAGUUUCCAUGCCGGUCGCAAUCUUCUUCGAAACGACGAAUUGGCUCUACUACUACAACCCGGUGACCACGCCCCUGACGGACCUGCCUCCGAUCUUGCGGAUCGUGAUGCCGGCACAGUACGAGUUUCUCGUCGCAGCAGACGAUCAGGACAUGCAGGGCGAGCGUUGUUUCUUGAGCAUGCAGCAAGAAGGAAGCUGUCGUCUCUGUGGAGUGCCCUUCCAGCCGUCAGAGGCAUGGUGCGUGCGAGAGUGGAAUCGCAAGAAUGCUGCGACCAUCUACUUCGCCCAGUCGAAGAUCAUUGAACCUGGAUUUCAGUACAGCGUCUGGGUGAUUGUGACGAACCCGCAUUCACCGGAUGCGCUGGAUGGACCGCGCAGCACGUGGGUCAUGGAGACCUUCUUCGGGAGGCCGGUUCCCCCAGCUACGAUUCCGGAGGGCUACUUUUUGGACUAUGUGGUGGCUCCAGGCUAUCGAGUGUCCGGACUCAGUGAGCUCACUGUGGAAACGCCCGAGGCACGGGACGGUGGAAGCUUCGUCGACUGGGUCACCUUCACCAUGAACUUCCCCGAUCUUCUGCUUCCCGGGGACCGCAUUCUCAUUCGCGCGCCCCCGGGCUUCCAGAUGUCCUUCCUUCUGCCCGGGUUCGAGCUGGUCGUCCUGUGCUACGGCUUCCGCUGGCUUCCAACAAUCUGGCCGCCACCCUUACCUCCUGACGUGGAUCCAGACACGAUCCCUCAACACUUGAUCCCCAUCCGCCCACCGCAACGGCCUCCGGUUCCAGAGGGCGUCCCUACCUGGGCCAGUGGCAGCUCUGUACUCGAGAUCCAGCCGACGAAUCUUAGUUCUGAGCUCCAGUGGGCUGCAGAUGGCGCUUGGGUGAUGAGGAUGCCCAUCAACUUCACCGCCGCGAUCUUGUCAGACUUUGAGCAGUUCUUGUUGCUGAUCGAGUCCAAUGCCUCGAACUUCAGCAACCUGACAGCGAAUGACUACGUUGUUCCGAACGCGGUGGAGCUCAUGCAGCGAAUCGGAUUGCCGUCAUGGGCUGUGCCUGCUGCCGCACGGUCCCAGAUCCAGACGCAGGGGAACGAGACUGUAAAUGCGAGCACCGAGUACCUGGUGUUACGAAGCCACUGCUUGGACAUGUUUGCACAAGAUGCAGCCGGGAACUACUUGAACGACGACUUCAACUGGUCCAAGGUGCCAUUGACAGCCGACACGCAAGUCUGGUACGACUUUCACAGCUACGUCUUUCUUAAUGGCUCGGUGGUCUCGUCCGAUGCGGAGAACUUCAACUACACAAACUACACCAUCGAGUGUGAUGAUAUCGACGCCGUACAGGGACUGGGUAUGAAAUGCCCGUUUCUCUCCGUUGGGUCGGUCGACACGACCGAAGGAAGAUACGAGAUAUCUGCACCAUGGCGGCAUGCCGACGGCAGGAUGAACAAGCAGGCGAUGCCGUGGACCGAGGACUUUCGCUGGCCGGAGGCUUGCCAGAUGGUGCCGAAGGUGCAGGCUUUCUACGAUGGAGCAGGUGUGGGGGAUGUUCAGGCUGAACAGAUGACGGUGGCCCGGGUACGUUUCCUUGGAGACGAGCGUGAAGUCUUCAUGCGAGUGGAAGCAUACCGUCGGGAGUAUGAGGCGCGGCGGGCUGUCAUGUCCAGAGAGGAAGGGGUUGAGAUGCACAUCCAGUCGACGGAGCUACAUCCAGAUCCACAGCCCGGUUUCAUCAACCCACGCAGACCGCCACUGGAUUUCGAGAACAACUGGAUCAUGCUUCACAAUUACGAAGCGUCAGCAUCUCUUCUAGCCAUGAAUGUCAGGGAAGUUGAAUUGGCCACGCCACUGGAAGCCGAUCGGACGGAGACCCAGGUUCAGAUCCAGAAUGCCCAGGAUGCUUCGGGAGACCUAAGUGCAGAUCCUGAAAAGUCCCCGCGGGACAACCAAUUAAAGCUUCAUGAGCUUGGCGUCGUGCUCUUCGGCUUGAGGGUCUACGCAAACAUCGUUUGCAUUCUGGCCCCCGACGACAAAGAAGCUUCGCGCAAGGCAGUCUUUGGUGGCCGCGGCAUCGCGGCCCUGGUCGUUAGUGUGGUGUGGCCUUUGGUUGGAGCUUUGCCCUUCUUCUUGCGGAUCGACCAGACGUCACAGUUUCAUGCAUGGUGCAGUGUCGGACUCCUUGUUCUCAAUGUCAUAUCACUCCUGUCAGACACGGGCGGUACUCCUGACGGUGCAGUUAAGGUUCUGACGUUACGUUGGUUCAACCGAUCCGUCCCGGUGCAUCUCACACCCCUGAAGCUGGAGGCCCUGGGAUGGGACGAGAAAGUGAAAUGGUGCGCCCAUGCCUGGACCUGUGGGAUGACAUUGCAUUUCAUUAGCCCUCGCUUUGGUUUGCCCUGGUUCAUAUCCUUCUUGAUGUUCUACUCCGGGUGGAGUCUCCUUUGCGCAAGCAGCUGCAUGCACGCCUUUCUGCUGUGGUCCGAAGCUGACGCCAAGCAAGCCUUAGUCGCUGCCAAUGCGAAGGACAAGGAAUUAGCUUCAAACGGUGCUAGGGCUAUUCUGCUUCUGCGCAUCGGGGCAGCCCUCACAGUCUUCGAUGCCAUCUACCUGCCCUGUCUCGAAGCCUUUGCUCCUGGCACUGGCAUAGGAUUAGCGUAUUACUUCACUGUGGACGACCUUCUUGUUGUUACCACUUUGCUUCUCCUAACUGGUGUCAUCGGACCACCAGAGGCCCUGAAGGGCGGAGAUGUUCUGAAAGAGCUCGCGUUCAUGGCGCGGGCUAGAGAGAAGCGCAUCGCAUUUCCGGGCCAGAUGAACCCCACCUCUCAGCACUGCAUCGUCAGCUUUCCCGGCAAGUAUGCGGAGGAAUGGGAUGGAGCAGUGCGGAUGGCACAGGUGCGGUCUGGCGCACCGAGCUUGGCGUGUGUGUUCCUCACGGACGAAGCCUCGGGGCUGGGCAAGCAUGCAGAGAAUCCUGAGCGACCUGGAGAGUGCUGGUGUCAAGCUCUUUACGGAAGUGUGCCUGCAGCAGCUUACAUCAGCAUCGUAGAGGACAUCAAGACUAUGACUGAGGAAGAACUCCAUUUCAGGCAUCAAGAUGCCACAGCCAUGGGCCAAAUUCUGCUCAUACGCGCAGAUUCCCAAGAUGAUGCACAGUGGCGAGAUGCCAAAAGGGAAGCAGUUUUGAAGGCCGAGCAGGCUUGCAAGGACAACAAAGGGCUCGCACCCUGGGGCUGCGUGUGGUUCGAGGAAUGGAAGGUGAACGUUUCAAAAGCUGUCGACCUUGGCCAGAAGCUACACGUGUUCUACUUCGAGAACAAGGUUGGGGAAGGAAAAUUGGCCUGGGAUGACCUGGCCAACGAAACGGUUGUCAAGAAGGCCAGGGAAACCAGCGGCCUCGGUGCAUCACAAACAGCUGAAGUGGCUUACUUGCAGAGGUGGGGCUAUGGCUUUGAAGAGCACGACGUGUCGGAUUUUUUCGAUUUCAUGCAAAGGCAGAGAAAGAACGUGCUGCGCCCAACAGACCCGGCCAUCAUCCACUUCGAGUUCGUCACAGUCAAUCCAGCAGAUUCGAUGGAAAUCCAAGCCGCCUUCCCGAUUGGGUUCGACUUCACGAACGUUUACCUCAAUUCCAUCGGUGCACAGACGAUGGCAACAAGCCGCCUAACGUGGGUCGCCGCCUACUUUGGCAAGGCUUCACCAGACCCUUGGCUGCGUUGGCAUGAAACAGCCAAGCAAAGCCCAGUCACCUACAAAGCAGGUGGGAUCGAGCUUCGCGAUGGCUACCGCGAUACUUGCGAAUUAAGGGUAAACUUCGACAAGAACGAGUACGUCCGGUUCGAGUUGGGCGGUAUCCUGAUUCCCUGGACGGGCGGGCAGGCGCUUUUCAACAUGCACACCAGCAUUGGAGGCUUUCGGCAGGAUGAGAUCGAACUUUGCUGCCACGAGGGAGAGCCGCCAGAGAACCCUGCGCAUGUGUUCAAGGUGCCGUAUCGACUGCAGGGUCUUCGCGGUGUGCUCAUGAACGAGUGGAUGCAGCAGGCGUUUCUGUACCCCAUCGCCUCCAGCAUGAAGACAAGGCUCGGAGAAGAGCAUCUGGUGUCCUUCACCUUCAUGCUGGCCUCAGAGAUCGUUCUGCCACCGAGGGCGAGCGUCAUUCGCGUCAUCGUUCGUGCACCCCUCGGCUAUGGCAUUCAGCUCUUCGAGGAGGAGAUGGACGUGCGAGACAGCGCCUUCCUGAUCGAGGACCCGACGGUUCAGGUCGGCGAUGGUUUACGCAUGAGGUCGAUCGCCUUCUCACUGGAUUUCAGGGACAGCGACGCGACGCAGAUACAGCUGAGCCUUCCAGGGUUGACGCUGAUGCGAACGGACAUUGAGUACCGGAUCAUGUUUAUGGCGGUCACUCCAGGGUUCAACUCGAUGCGGAUUCCGGGCGACCUCUGGGUCAUCGAGAUCACGGACGACUACAAGCAGCUCAUGGACCAGGUGUCCGAGCAGAAGGGCUCCCUCACUGACUUCGAGCUCCUUAGCAAGGUGAACUUCAGCUGCGAAGCCACCAGGGCACCGCCGGAGGUGGUCAUUGUUCUUGAGGUCACCCUCUAUGAGCUGGGCGAAGCUUUCGAGUACCCCAAUCGGGUGGAUGUCUACGCGCCGGCAGGCUACAAAUUCCUGCUGAGUUGCUUCGCGCCUGGCGAGAGACAAAGGCUGCAGUUCAACUUCGUCUCCUGCCGCGAACGUUGGACGCUGUUCCAAGGCAACUACCUUAGCGGCGCCAUUCUCAUGGCGGCAGAUGCGGGUGUGCUCCCGUCGGACAUGCCAAUGAAAAUCCGUCUACAAGCCUUGACACCUCCGCUAACGCCAGCCAUGAACGACUUCUUCGUGGUCACGCAUCAGCGGCAGGGAGAUGCCGCCUGGGGGCUGACGCCCAGCAGCUUCCCGGUGUCGAACAUGCAGGUCACAAAUCGCUACACUGGGGUGGCGGGGGCUGAGGUUCCCAUGUUCUUGGCAUUCACGCUGCGAUAUCCGCUGGCUUGGGGAGGUAAUAUCCACAUCGCGGGCCCGCUCCUGUACCAGAUCCGAUGCCCGAUCUCCUUGGUCCUCCUUGCGCCAGACAACUUUCACAUGCCGAACUGCACCCACGAGGAUACAGUUCUCAACGGCUGCUUCGGUCUCCCUAUCGUUGGCGAUCCCAAUCCGAAUCCGGCGCUGCCGCUCUGCGACCCUCUGCACGAGAUCCUCCUGACAUGGGAGUUGCCAUGGUGGGCGCAAGCGGGUCAGGAUGGAGAUGGCGAUGACGGGGACUCCGACUUCGGCAUGUGGGCUCUUCAGGCGGGGGAUGAGUUCCUCUGGUCUCUAACCAUCCAGGUGCCUUUCAACACUCCAACGCCGCGAAGCAGCAACGUCUUCCGCGUGCGUGUGAUGGAUGCAAAUAAGGUGGCCAUCGAUGGCAAUCUCUGGCUUCCGGGACAAGAGGUGCGGACCAUUCCGCGAGUCCAAGAUUUCAAGAUCUGGUUCACGACGCCGGUUCCAGCCACAAUGAUGACCGUCGCCAUUCACUUCACCUUCAACCUGACAUUGCCCCGCGGUGAGGAGGGGAACACACCGUUGCGUGUCAUUGAGAUUGAAGCGCCUCAAGGGAUGGAGCUGAAGGUGCGGAGGCCUGCAGAUGUCCGGCGCCUUCGCAGAAAUGACUUCGUGGCAGUGACGGAGUGGAACUGGACUGACAUCUUUCCUCAGCAGCUUUGGUUCGGGCUUGACACGGACCAGAAUGUCAGUGGCACCUUCCACUACGCCUUCCCGGCGCUGACUCCAACGAGAAUGCCGGUGGACAACCUGUGGCAGGUCAAGCUUUGCACAGACAGCCCGUUCUGCACGACCAAUCUCCUGACGAUCCCCAUCCCGGGAUUCUUCUUCGGACAGGAUCCUGAUGAACCACUCAGUGAGGAAGCUCAGGAGAUGCUCCAAGGAAGCUGGGCGCUGCGCUCGUCGCUGCCUUCUUGGUCACUGCUCUGGCUCCUUAUGGCUGCUGCCCGAACUGUGUCUAUGGCGGCGAGUGAGCGAUAG